AUGCUCUACUUAAACAAACGCUCUCCUUCCGAGGAGCUGGCCUCUGUUCACAACCCAAUUUCUCCCCCUGCUAUCUCUACUUGGCAUCAUUCUCUAGACGACCAGAAGAUGACCGAGGUAGUCCCAUUCCCUCAACCACAACACCUCUACCCAUUCGGUGGCUCAGCACAUCGUUUGCUCGCCCCUGCCCCUGAGCAAAAGUCUCCUUACUUCUCUCCAGACUUAUAUCGCGAGAUGCCUGUCUACCCCGUGGGCUACCAUACCACCUCUCAUCUGCCCAGGUCCCCCCCAGAGGCCCGCUCGGCUUCGGUCUCGAGUAUAUCCUCUUCGGCCUCCCACGGCACACCUGCCAUGUCUUCCUCUCGGACCAUGUCACCCGUCACGGACUCCAACCCUGACACUAUGGCAAGUCCCCCGGUCUUGACCAGGACGUAUAACCCGCCGUCGUCCUAUCAGCACACACACAACACCUCUCAGGCGCUCCCUUCGUCAUUAAUCCCCGCCCCAUCGCACUACAUGGAUAUUCAGGUCGCCCCUCCGCCACCAAUGUCGCUCUAUCCUUCGAUGCCGGCCUUGUCACAACGAACAACGACGUACCCACCAUCAUCCUCAUAUGAUUACCACCAACACAUGGGCCACCCUUACCCAUCUCAGCAGUCAAUGCACAGCUAUCAGCUACCGCUACACAACUAUCAACCUGUGUACAGCUACACCAGCGCCCAGGCCUAUCCCAGCCAUUCAGCAGGCGCAAUAUUACCCUCGUUCGCUCCCGCGCUAGGGUCCUCAAUCAUGUCCCUUCCGCAUACGCAACGUCACGACAAGGCUCCUAUUGAGCGUUUACUGAAAGACAAACACGAUAUCGUCAUGAUGAUCCAGUCACACCUGGACUAUUUCGAUGUCACCAAGGCUCAGAUGGCGAGCCGGUGGUUCAGAGAUCACUUUGACCCCUCCAAGUGCCCUGAAGAAGACAAGAUCCGGUGCGUCAUGUUCGCCGAGAUCAACUUCAAGCGAUUCUGGCCCAACAACACCUCCUCGGGUGGCCGGGGCGGCGACAAGGAUGAUGGCAAGCAUCCCGGCUCCUUUGGGUGCUACCACUGCUUCAAGGUCAAGAGCCCCGAAAACUUUGAGCUGUUCAGGUGGAAGAAUGAUCUGGAGGAUGCGCCUGAGAGCAGCAACAACAAUAAGACCAAUGCCAACGACCAAAAGAACUCCGCCUCCUCAAGAAAACAACAACAACAAAAUCAAGCAUCAACAAUCAACACCACCCAAGGCUCCCCCAAACAAAACCCACCUCUGUCCCCUUCCACAUCCUCCCACACCUCCACCUCUUCAUUCUCUCUAACCUCAAACCCCCAUUACGACCCCUCUGUAACACGCUCAUCCCUCGCCGCCGCCGCCGCCGCCUCCACCAAGGGUCAAACCGGCAACACUCGCCGCGGCCCUUCCUCCUCUUCCUCCGGCACUUAUUCUUGUUCGGACCAAUCCCCCCGCAUCCAAGAAACCUGGGGGAUCCGGCGUUUCUGCAUCGACUGCGGCAUCAAAAAGAAAUUUUACAGACCGGGGGUCCUGAUCGAGCUCCACAAAGAGAAGAACGCGGUGUGGGUGUGCGACUGCUGGGUCACGCAUAAGAGGCCGCAGGAGCUGGAUUGCAAGGUUUGCAAAAAGAUAUUGCCGCUGAGCACGCCGAAUCGGAGGAGAUGUUGA